AUGUCAAAAUCCACUUUCUUCCGACUCCGCUCCCUCCUUUCCUCUUCCGAUUCUCCGCCGCUUCCUUCACCCUCACUCGCGGCUACAAUUUUCCGUCUCGCUCUUAACGCUUCCUACAAGUCUCUCCUUCUCCGAUUCGGGUUCGAUUCCGUUCCCGACGUUUCCCGAGCUUGCUUCGCCGUCUGUAAGCUCAUGAACGAGAAAUUAGGGAAACUCGAUGAUCCCAAACCUGACUAUUCACCUCGACUGCUCCCGAAUUGCUGCGGUGUGUUAGGAUUCGGGAGAUUCGAGGUAGAUGGGAAGCUUCUUGGGUCAAAAGGGUCACUGAUUGUUCAAGCACUGGUUGAUUCCAAUGGCAGAUUCUCAGAUAUCUCAGCUGGUUGGCCAAGCACGAUGAAGCCAGAAGCCAUUUUCCGGCAAACUACGCUUUUCUCGAUCGCAGAAUCGGACGAAUCUAGAAGCUUCUUGAUUGGAGCUCCGUGCAAACUUGGAGAUGGAGGAACAUCGGUGCCUCCUUACGUUCUUGGAGAUUCUUCUCUUCCGCUAUUGCCAUGGCUUGUGACUCGUUAUCAUUCGUGUUCUGCAAACGAGGAAGAGGACAGUUUGGAGUCGUCUCGUAGAGAAUUCAACAAUGUGGUUCACACAGAAUUGCGUAAUGUCGAGGUUGCAUUUGCCAAGGUUCGAGCUCGGUGGCGGAUUCUUGAUCGGAAAUGGAAGCCGGAGACGAUCGAGUUUCUGCCGUUUGUCGUAACUACAGGUUGCUUACUACAUAAUUUUCUUGUGAGUUCUGGAGAUGACCAACUACCGGAAGAUUGGGUGAAUGGUGUUGUUGCUGCUGGUGAUGGUGAGACGUGGAAAGAUAAUAAAGACGAUGAGGAGGAGAUGAGGCCGUAUGAAGGAGAAGCAUAUGUUGGGUCGAAAAAGAUCAGAGAUGCUAUCGCAGAGAAUCUGAGCCAUACUCUUGCUCAGUUAUGUAUUAAGGAGAACUGGAAGAUUCUCUUGAGUCUUAUCAUGGCUGAGGAAGAUAGGGAAAGACGUCUCUCCCCUGUCAAAGCUGCAGCGAUACCACGAGCAUUUGCGGUAACAAUGGUGGUGGCGGCGGUCACAGUGCAGUGGCUGCCGUAUUCGUGGAGUUUUGCAGAAGCAUAUCCGACUGAAGAUCUUGUGGUCAGCCUUCCUGGUCAACCAAAGGUCGGAUUCAGACAGUUCGCCGGAUAUGUCAACAUCGACUCGGAAAAUGGUCGAAGUCUCUUCUACUACUACGUGGAAGCCGACAAACAACCAGAGACCAAACCCUUAACCCUUUGGCUUAAUGGAGGUCCAGGUUGUUCUUCAGUUGGCGGAGGAGCUUUCACUGAGUUGGGUCCAUUUUACCCAACAGGAGAUGGUCGUGGACUCCGCAUUAACUCCAUGUCAUGGAACAAAGCCUCGAACCUGCUUUUUGUGGAGUCACCAGCCGGAGUAGGAUGGUCUUACUCCAACACAAGCUCUGAUUACAACACUGGGGACAAAACUGCUGCCAACGACAUGCUUGUCUUCUUGUUGAGAUGGUUCAUCAAGUUUCCAGAGUUGAAAUUUCGUGACUUCUUUCUAACUGGCGAAAGUUACGCAGGACAUUACAUACCUCAACUGGCAGAUGCUAUACACAGCUACAAUAUACGCUCGAGUGGGUUCAAAUUCAACGUUAAAGGCAUUGCAAUUGGGAAUCCACUUCUGAAGCUUGACACAGACACUUCAGCUGCUUACGACUUCUUCUGGUCGCAUGGGAUGAUCUCUGAUGAACUGAGACUCACAAUCGGGAGGCAAUGUGACUUUGCCAGUCUUUUAAACCUAAGCAAGGAGUGCAUGGAGGCUCUCUCUGAAGUCAGCCUCGUAACUGAGUAUGUCAACGUAUAUGAUGUUCUCCUCGACCUAUGCUACCCAUCGAUUGUGGAGCAAGAGCUGAGGCUCAAGGAAAUGGCUACUAAGAUGAGCAUGGGUGUGGAUGUUUGUAUGACGUUCGAAAGACAGUUCUAUUUUAAUCUCCCAGAGGUCCAACACGCCCUUCAUGCCAACCACACUCGCUUACCUUACGAAUGGGCUAUGUGUAGCAACUUGGUAAAUUAUAGUGGCAUCGACUUGAGCAUCAACGUGCUUCCAACUCUGAAGAAAAUUCUACAGAACAAUACUCCUGUUUGGAUCUUCAGCGGAGAUCAAGAUUCUGUAAUUCCACUUCUUAGUUCAAGAACUCUCGUACGAGAACUUGCUAAUGAUCUUAACUUCAACACCACUGUUCCCUAUGGAUUUUGGUUUCACAAAGAACAGGUUGGUGGUUGGGUCACUGAGUAUGGUAAGCUAUUGACGUUUGCAACAGUGAGAGGAGCGGCUCAUAUGGUGCCGUAUGCGCAGCCCUCACGAGCUCUUCAUAUUUUCAGUAGCUUUGUGCGUGGCCAGAGAUUGCCCAACAAGCCACAUACCUCUCUUCAUGAAUGAGAAAGAAGAGACCUAUUAAUUAGAUUAAGUAAUUAUGAUUAAUAUUGAAUGGUUAGCUUGUUAAUUAACCACUUACCACGUAUAUAAAGGAUAAGUAUAAGCUUUGAUUUAGCAGCCGAACCUUGCCUUAGCCAUCACUUAAUGAUUGGACUAUAUAGAUAAGAUGUGAAAUGAUGUAUGACUGUAUUCUGAUUCUGCUUGAUAUAUUCUGAUUCUGGUAACGGCAAAGAGAUCCAAUUAUGUAUUUUGAUUUUGCUUGCAUAAUAUAGAAUGAUCUCUCUUCAUACUCUUUACAA